AUAGCUCACUGUGCAUGAUGGUUUUAAAAGGUGUUUUUGCAGUUCUCGUUCCAACAAGAUUUCUUACCUUGUUAGCUCAUUUUUUUAUUCUUGUAUGCCUUCUUUGGGAUAAAGAAGACAACUUGCGUUUGUGUUUGCUCAAGUACAACUCGGAGUACGCCAAUUACUUCAACAAUGAAUACGUCAUCAGCUUGGCGUUAAGUUUAGGCUCAGUCACAGUCGAAUUUUUCGGAUUCCUGUCCGGCAUAUCGAUGUUCUCCGAGCUGCAUUGUCUGCUAUCGAGUGCAUGUCAUACUGUUGCUGCGUUCACUUGGUCAAUAUCUUAUAUUGAGCAAUGGGAUUGCUCUAUCCCCUACAGCUGGUACAUUUUUGUUGUGUGUGUCGGAAUUCCAUUGUUGUCCGAACUGACCUUGCUCAUGGGUUUCAUACGACGUGUUAGUAGUUCGCGUUGAUUGUCAUUUUAAAAUUAAGCAAACCAUUCAGAGGUACGUAUGAAAGCAGUACACGAAUUAACCAUCUUCAAGUCCCUGCAGCUCAAUAUCGAGAAAUCUUUCAUUGCUGGCAUCGGCUCUACUACGAUUCGGUUCGACAGUGGUCUACUACGUUUUUUCUGCCCUUUUUGACAAUCCAGAAUUGUUUCUAUCCUUUAAGGGAAUUUAAAACAAUCAAAUUUUGAACAGACGAGAUUUGAUUUUGUUUAGUUUUAGAAAUG